AUGAAUGGGACAAACAGUACAAACGGUUCCAUGGGGUCCUUGGGCUCCACAGCGGCUCAGUUCAGUGCAGAGUACAUCAACAAGUCAUCUGAAAUUUGGUUCAUGCCCCGUAUUCUAAGCUCGUUUAGUAAUGCUAUACAACAACAAUCAAAAGCUGCUUUACCGGAUAGAACAGCUACAAUCAAUUUCGGUUAUUUGGUGAGUCCAUAUGCUGGUGCUUGUAUGACCAUGGCCAUAAUAUUGAAUAGAACGGUGGUUUUCGCUUCUUCAAGACGUAAUAUUCAUAGAUUAUCAAAUGUACCCAAGAUUACCUUGAGAUUCAUGUCAAUCGCGGUGUUGAUAAAGGCAUUAUAUGAUAUUUUAAAACAAUUUGUUUCAAUAACUCCCUACUUACAAAAUCAUGUUCAAAUUGCUGGGUUUAAUAUGUUUCAAAAUGAAGUUCCAAGUGUUGAUAAUUUCCUUUGGAGAAUAUUUAUUUCAUUAUGUAUUUCACAAUUUUUAGAAACUUUUGUUUCGAUAACUUCAAAUCAAUCAGCUAUAAAUGAUACUGGUUUAACAUUAUUUGAACAUUCAUUAGCAUUUCAAGAAUGUCAAUUCUUAAGUGUUCCAUCAAGUCAAUUAUUAUAUAUUUGUCUUUUCUCCAUAAUUCAUCAAUUAAUUAUUCAUAUUUUAGGUAUUACAAAUACUAAAAACUAUCAAUUAAUUCCAUCAACAAUAAUGGGGUUAGGGUUCUUGAUUUUUUAUUGUUAUAAUAUUUAUACUGGUGGUGUAUUAUUUUUCCCUACAGUGGCCAUAAUUUCAGCUAUUCCACAAUUUUUAGUGUUUUCUAUAAUAUCAUUAUGUUUAAUUUUGUAUUAUCUUGCAGUUUUAAUUAAUCAAGAUGCUUCAACUUUAACAUAUACUGUUAUGAUUGAAAACUUAAAAGAAUCUAUAAAUUUACAAAUGAAUGAUGAUUUCCAUUCUGCAUUAAUGAGAUUUGGUUAUAUUAUGUUUACAGCUGUGGAAAAUGAAGAAUAUGUUAAUGAAUUAUCAGAUUUAAUCUUACCUAAAAAAACAUAUCUUGAAUCAAAUAACUCACAUUUAAUAAGUGGAUAUAUGAAUGAUUUACAAACAAAUCCAGAAUUAUUAUUUAAAGAAUCUGAAAAUUCUACAAUUGAUGAUGAACAAUAUCAAAAUUCAAGUAUUUUUAAAAGAUUUUUAAAUAUUGCUAUUCUUUAUAAGAAAUUAUUUUGGUUAUUAUUUAAAUCAAAGAAACAACAAAAACGUGGACAAAAUAAUGAUUCCAAUAUUAAUGAUGAAAAUUAUGAUCAUGAUGAUCAAAAUUCAAUUGGAUCAGUAAUACCUACCGCCAAACCAUCAAUAAGAUCAAAUUCAAAUGAUUUGAAAAAUUCAAAUAUUAAUUUCAAAAAUAUUAAUGAAAAUGAACUGUUAUCAUCAGAUAUAGAUAAUUCUGAAGAUUUUAUAUAUGAAUCAGAAUCAGAUUUAGAUCCAUUAGAUUUUGAUUCUGAUUAUGAAGAUAUUGAUCAAGAAUUUGAUUCCCCAGGUUAUAUAUCAUCAGCUGCACAAGCAAGAUUAUCAGAUGCCACUGGAACUUCAUCAAUAAUAAACAACAGGGUUCUUAUGAAAACAACACCAAUUGAUGAACUUAUAAAUCCAAAAGAUUUAAUUGAAUUAAUUAAUCCAACAAAUAUUGAUCAAAUUUCUUAUUUAAAUAAUUUAAAAACUCAUUUAUUACAAGAUAAAAGACUUACAAGAUCUUUAUAUUCUAAAAUAAAUCAAGAUAUGUUAUUAAAAGAAGUGUUAUUACAAAAUAGAACUACAAAUCAUGGUCAUAAUCAUCAUGAUCAUCAACAAGAUGAUACAGAUUUAUCAUGUGUUGUUUGUCAAACAAAUAAUAGAGAAAUUAUAGUUUGGCCAUGUAAAUGUUUUGCACUUUGUGAAAAUUGUCGAAUCUCUUUAGGUGUUAGAGGUUUUAGUAUUUGUGUUUGUUGUAGAAGGAAAGUUGAUGGUUAUAGUAAAAUUUAUAUACCAUAA